UUAAAGGCGGCGCCCUCCCCCGGCUGCUCCUGUCGCCGCCCCAGCCCACGCCGCGAUGGCCGGGUCGCCGCUCCUGCCGCUCCUGCUGGCGCUGCUGCUCCGGGUCCCCGCCGAGGCGCGCGCCCCGCUGGACUCGCUCCUCCGGGGGGCGGCCCCCUGCCAGGCCGGUCUCCCGUGCCCACUGGCGCCCCUGGGGAAGCCCUCCUCGCCUCGCGUCAACGUGAGCCUCUACUACGAGGCCCUGUGCGGGGGCUGCAGGGCCUUCCUGGUCCGGGAGCUGUUCCCCACGUGGCUGAUGGUCAACGAGAUCCUCAAUGUCACGCUGGUGCCGUACGGAAACGCCCAGGAACAUAAUGUCAGCGGCAAGUGGGAGUUUUCGUGCCAGCACGGAGAGGAGGAGUGCAAGCUUAACAAGGUGGAGGCCUGCCUCUUGGACCAGCUAGAGUGGAGCGCAGCCUUCCUAACCAUCGUCUGCUUAGAGGAACUGGAUGACAUGGAGGGCAAUCUGAAGCCGUGCCUGCAGAUCUAUGCCCCGAAGGAGUCCCCCGAUGCCAUCAUGGAGUGUGCCAUGGGGGACCGCGGCACCCAGCUCUUGCACGUGAACGCCCAACUUACAGGCGCUCUGCAGCCGCCCCAUGAGUAUGUGCCUUGGGUCCUCGUCAAUGGGAAACCUUUGGAAGACAUAAACCAGCUCCUCUCCCUCGUGUGCCAGCUGUACCAGGGUGAGAAGCCAGAGCUCUGCCCAGCCCAGCCCAGCUCCCACAGGGACGUCUGCUUCAAGUGACAGCCGCUGCCUUGGAGGAAGCCGAUGGAAGCAUGAGCUCCACCCCUGACCCCUGACUCAGCGGCUACAGCUCACCAUCCAGAUAACGUACACAUCCCAUGGAGUCCAGACUCAACAUUUUACCCCACGAUCAGGAAUCUACCGCUGAGAAUGGUGCUACAUCGAAACGAGUUUAAUAAACCCUUCAAUAUCCUUCCAUUUCCCCCACCCCCGGCUGUGACAACUGCUGUUCUUUUGUUCCUAUGAGUUUUACUUUUUUAAAUUCCACAUAGAAAUAAAGUCAUACA